AACUUCUUCCUGCAUCAAGACCGGCAAGAUGGCAGCCGACACGCAGGUUUCAGACACACUGAAGAAAUUUGCUGCAAAAGUGACCACAGCCAGUGUGAAGGAGCGCAAGGAGAUAUUUGGGGAGCUGAAACAGUGUAUAAAAGGCAAAGAGUUACCAGAGCCUGCAGUGAAAGGACUAUGCAAGCUAUUCUGUCUCACUCCACACAGAUAUCGGGAUGCUGCAUCACGCAGAGAACUCAUCUCUGUUAUUGGCCUGCUAGCUGACAGCCAGCCUGACAUCCUGCUGACCAGCCUCCUCCACUGCCUGCUGAACAGUGGAGUCGUCAGCAAAAAUGGAGAGCCCAGCAAAAGCACCGGCUCUGCGGCUUUCGUUGGCUUGUCGUGGACCUGCCUUUUAGUCCCCCGCGUGUUCACCACCCCAGAGAAAAAAGAUGGACCUAUAUGGAAGAAAAUGGUGGAGCUCCAGAGCCUUCUCGUAGCUGAGGUGGUGGGUGGAGCAAAGACCACGGCUCAGAAAUCAAGCCUCAAGAAUCUCAGUCGCCUCUGGAAGGAAAACCCCGGACUGGUGGAUCAUUACAUCGGCACACUGUUGAGUCUGGACCAGAGCCCUACUGCUCUGGCCAUGCUGGGGGUGUGUUUAGACUUCUGCACUGCUCAGAAAGACAAAGCUACAAUAGAGAAGCGCAAGAGUGCCCUGCUAGACCUGUACAUAAAAUCAGUCCUUAUGAGCAAGACAAAACCGCAACGUUACAUUUUGGACAAAUGUGGCUCCUUUCUGCGUCAUGUGACCCACUCCGAGUUCAAGGAGCUGCUCCUUCCUACACUGCAGAAGACGAUGCUCCGCAGUCCAGAGAACGCCAUGCAGACUGUGUCCUGCCUGCUGUCGGCUGUAACUCUUGACCUCAGUCAGUAUGCCAUGGAUAUUGGAAAGGCCAUCGCAAGUCAGCUGAAAGCUAAUAAUGGCCAACUGAUGGAGGACGCCGUUCAGGCCAUGCAGAACCUGGCCCAGCAGUGCAGCGACCCCUCUGCUGUGCAGGACAUCGUCACUCACCUCUUCAAGAUUCUUGGAGGUUCAGAGGGAAAGCUCACAAUUGUUGCCCAAAAGAUAAGUGUAUUGUCAGGGAUUGCCAGCUGCAGCCAUCAUGCCGUGUCAGGAACCUCCAGCCAGACUCUCAGCUCCGCAGUCGCUGUGAUGUUCAUCCCUUAUCUGCAACAAGAAGUUCACGAGGCCACCUUGGCGCACGCCGUGUCUGUGCUCUCCCAGUGGAGCGUCCGUCUAACUGUGGAAGUUCCCACGGCUCUGCUGGAUUGGUUAAAGAAGGCUUUCACCCUCAAGACCUCCACCUCUCUGGUUCGACACGCCUACCUUCAGGUCAUGCUGGGGGCCUUCAAAGGUGAUACUCUUUCCCAAGCCGCAGACCUUGUGCCUUUGCUCCUGCAAACAGUGGAGAAAGCUGCGGCACAAAACUCUCAGCAGGCUCUGCUUGCAGAAGCUGCUGCAGCUUCUGUUCUUCUGAGUCGACUUGCACUGCUAGAGACACAGUCAGAGGCAAAGUUCUCCAACUUUUGGAACCUGAUCUUGGAUGAUAAAAAGCCCCUUUUAACCACAGAGAAGUUCCUCUCCCAGGCCAACGAUGAAACUCUACUCACAGUGCUGCUGCUCUGUGAAAGGCUUUUCCUGGACCAUUCUCACAGGCUUAACGCCAGCAAGUCACAGAUGUAUCAUCAGGCCACAGUCGCCGCUGUGCUGUCUCGGAGCUGGCGCGUGAGGAAGCGGGCUCAUCAGACGGUCAGGAAGCUGCUCUCCUCGCUCGGUGGAUGCAGUCUCGCCCACGGCCUUCUGGCAGAACUCUGCGUGGUCAUCAACAAGCACAAAGUUUUGCCCCAGGACGUCCUGGUGUUAGACUCGGGAGAGCUGACUGAGAUCGGUCGCAGCUACGUUGCCCCUCGUGUCCUGCUGGACGCGCUCGGUGUUCUUUGCUCCUCCGCCGGCCAUUGGAGCGACCCCACCGAAGCGGAGAAUUUGGCCAUGGAGAUCCUCAUAGUCACUCAUCAUCCAUCCUUGGUUGCAGCUCGCAGUGACCUCUGGCCUUGUCUUCUCCUUUCCAUGAAGAUAAAAGCAGAAGAAUUCAUAGAAAAGAACCUGACGGCUAUUUUGCCACAUCUGCUGGAGGUCCACGCCGACAACCAGGCGGUGAAAAAUGCUGUCGGUGCCCUUUCCAGGCUCUCCCCCAACAAGCUACUCCCACGGGUGAUCACUCACGUCAUCGAGGGGCUUUCCCGAACCGCUCUUCUUCAUGUCACCAGGGAGGAGUACGCCAUCAUGCUGACACCCGAGGGAGAACUGUAUGACAACAGCAUCAUCCAGAGUGCCCAGAAGGAAAGCACCAAGAAGGUCAACAUGAAGAGAGAGAACAAGGCCUACUCCUACAAAGAACAGAUCAUUGAACUGGAGUUGCAGGAGGAGCUGAAGAAGAAAAAAGGCAUCAAAGAGGAAUUGCAACUCACCAUCAAACAGAAGGAAAUGAUGCAAAUCCAGCUGGAAAGGGAGGCUGCGAUUCGCAAGAGACUUCAAGGGCUACGCGUGGAGUUGCUGAGCGCGUUGGGUCUCCUGGAAGCCACUCUGAUAGAGAGACCACCUCAGAUCACCAGGGAGCUCCCUGCUGUCUUCCAGGCCCUGAUACCCCUGCUCCAGUCUCCUCUGGCUGCUCCAUGCAUCCAGCAAGUCUUCCUGGACAUCGCAGUGUGCCUAAUGCCCAAACACUUUCACUCUCUAGCCAUGCUCGUGGGACACGUGACUUUACGGCUGCUGAAGCCGGAGUGCGACCUGGACGAGGCCUGGGAGCAGGAGGACCUGGACACGGCAGCCCACCGCACCAUACUGCUGCUGCACAACCACACCGUCCCGCAGCGAGAUGCCAAGAACGACACAACGGCUCCACUGUCUGCUCCUGCUUUCUCCGUGUGCUUCCCUCUCCUCAACGCGAUGCUCAGGGAGUCCUCGGGCAGCACCGAGGAGACGGAGAAUAAGAUGAUCAGAGCUUUACAAAUCAUCCUGGAACACUCGCAGCUCCGAGCCGCUAACAGUGAGGACCUUGUCAUCGAUGAGAACGGCCCAGAACUGCUCCCGCGUGUCAGCAUGCUGCUGCUCCUGACGAGAGUCAUUUCCACGGCCACCCCGCGACUGCAGGUUUUGGCGUCUCAGUGCCUGACGGCGCUGUGCGCCAGUGCUGGCGGAGAAGAAGGCUGCACCGUGGCAGAGCAGCCGGAGAUAGACGUCCUUCUCGAUGCCCUCCUCUCCCCCUGCUUCUCUGUGCGGGAUGCUGCCCUCAGGGGAUUGUUGGAAAUGGAGUUCGCUCUGUCCACAGACAGCACGGAGGCCAGUGGGCUGAGUUUGCUUCGCAGGCUUUGGGUUGUCAGGUUCGAUGUGGAGGAGGAGGGCCGAGCCUUGGCUGAAAACCUCUGGGACUCUCUGGGUCUUGAGUUGGUUCCUGAGCUCUGCUCCCUUCUCAUCGGUGACAUCACUCACCACGAGGAAGCUGUCCGUUCGGCUGCAGCCGAAGCCCUGUCGAGCGCCGUGUCCCAGUACAAAGACCAGUCUGCCACAGUGUUGGGCCAGCUCACUGAGCUCUACCACCAGAAACUCUAUAGACCUCCUCCUGUGCUGGAUGCCCUGGGCAGAGUCAUCUCUGAAGCGCCACCUGACCAAUGGGAGGCCAGGGGUGGCAUUGCUCUCGCUCUGAACAAGCUGUCCCAGUACCUGAAUGAAUCCCAGGUCACCCCUCUCUUCCUCUUCUUCGUUCCCGAUGCUCUGAACGACCGACACCCCGAGGUGCGCCGCUGCAUGCUGGACGCUGCCCUCUCUGCGCUCAACACCCACGGAAAGGACAACGUGAGCUCCCUCCUGCCGGUGUUUGAGGAGUUUCUCAAGAAUGCCCCCCAGAACGCCAGCUACGACUCUGUCCGUCAGAGUGUGGUUAUUCUCAUGGGCUCCUUGGCCAAGCAUCUGGACAAGAGUGACCCCAAAGUCAAACCCAUCGUGGCCAAGCUUAUCACGGCACUCUCUACACCGUCACAGCAGGUCCAGGAGUCCGUUGCUGGCUGUUUACCUCCUUUAGUCCCCGCCAUCAAGGAGGACGCCGCUGGAAUUGUGAAAAAUCUUCUACAGCUGCUGCUGGAGAGCGACAAGUACGCAGAGCGGAAGGGGGCAGCUUAUGGACUGGCGGGCCUGGUCAAAGGUCUGGGGAUCCUGGCGCUGAAACAGCAGGAAAUCAUGUCCACUCUGACCGACGCCAUCCAGGACAAGAAGAACUUCAGGCGGAGGGAGGGAUCGCUGUUUGCCUUUGAGAUGCUGUGUAACAUGUUGGGGAAGCUGUUUGAGCCGUAUGUGGUCCAUGUGCUGCCACAUCUCUUGCUCUGCUUUGGAGACGGAAACCAGUAUGUCCGAGAGGCUGCAGAUGACUGUGCAAAGGCAGUGAUGAGGAACCUGAGUGCUCACGGGGUGAAGCUGGUCCUUCCCUCCCUGCUGGUGGCCCUGGAGGAGGAGUCCUGGAGAACUAAAGCAGGCUCUGUGGAGUUGCUUGGUGCCAUGGCCUUCUGUGCACCCAAGCAGCUUUCCUCCUGCCUGCCCAGCAUCGUGCCCAAGCUCACCGAGGUGCUGACCGACUCCCAUGUGAAGGUGCAGAAGGCCGGCCAGCAGGCCCUGCGCCAGAUCGGCUCGGUCAUCCGCAACCCCGAAAUCCUGGCCAUUACCCCGAUCCUGCUGGACGCUCUCACUGAGCCGUCCAAGAGGACCCAGACGUGCCUGCAGACGUUGCUCGACACCAAGUUUGUGCACUUCAUCGACGCCCCCUCCCUGGCCCUCAUCAUGCCCAUCGUCCAGAGAGCCUUCCAGGACCGCUCCACUGACACCCGCAAGAUGGCCGCUCAGAUCAUUGGCAACAUGUACUCCCUCACAGACCAGAAGGAUCUGUCACCCUACUUGCCAAGUGUUAUUCCUGGACUGAAAGCCUCCCUGUUGGACCCGGUGCCUGAGGUGCGUACAGUUUCGGCCAAAGCCCUCGGUGCCAUGGUGAAGGGGAUGGGGGAGUCGUGCUUUGAUGACCUGCUGCCGUGGCUCAUGGAGACACUGGCCUCUGAACAGAGCUCUGUGGAUCGCUCUGGAGCCGCACAAGGUCUGGCUGAGGUGAUGGCUGGACUGGGAGUGGAGAAGCUGGACAAGCUGAUGCCAGAUGUGGUGCAAACAGCCAGCAAGAUAGACAUUGCUUCGCACGUCAGGGACGGCUACAUCAUGAUGUUCAUCUAUCUUCCGCUCACCUUUGGAGACAAGUUUACUCCCUACGUUGGGCCCAUCAUCCCCUGUAUUCUCAAGGCUCUGGCUGAUGAGAAUGAAUAUGUGAGGGAUACGGCACUGCGAGCCGGCCAGCGAAUCAUCAGCAUGUAUGCUGAGACCGCCAUUGCACUGCUGCUUCCUGAGCUGGAGCAGGGCCUGUUUGAUGACCUGUGGAGAAUCAGGUUCAGCUCUGUGCAGCUGCUUGGAGAUCUGUUGUUCCACAUCUCCGGAGUGACGGGAAAGAUGACCACGGAGACCGCUUGCGAGGACGACAACUUUGGAACAGCUGCAUCCAAUAAAGCUAUCAUUGGAGCUCUUGGUGGCGUGCGGCGUAAUCGUGUCCUCUCCGGCCUCUACAUGGGCCGUUCAGACACUCAGCUGGUGGUCAGACAGGCCUCCCUCCACGUGUGGAAGAUCGUGGUCUCAAACACUCCCAGGACUCUUCGAGAGAUCCUCCCAACCCUCUUCACUCUGCUGCUGGGCUUUUUGGCUUCUACCUGCCCCGACAAGAGAACGAUUGCUGCUCGAACGCUGGGAGAUCUGGUGAGGAAACUGGGGGAGAAGAUUCUCCCGGAGAUUAUUCCCAUCCUGGAGCAGGGACUGCGCUCCGACAAGAGUGACGAGAGGCAGGGCGUCUGCAUCGGCCUCAGUGAGAUCAUGAAGUCCACCAGCAAGGAUGCGGUGCUGGUCUUCUCUGAGUCACUGGUCCCCACGGUGAGGAAGGCGCUCUGUGACCCUCUGGAGGAAGUCCGGGAGGCUGCAGCCAAAACCUUCGAGCAGUUGCAUGCAACCAUCGGUCACCAGGCGCUGGACGACAUCCUGCCCACGCUGCUCAAACAGCUGGAUGACGAGGACACAGCUGAGUUUGCUUUGGAUGGCCUGAAGCAAGUCAUGGCUGUGAAGAGUCGUUCUGUGCUGCCUUACUUGGUUCCAAAGCUGACGGCCCCGCCUGUGAACACGCGGGUGCUGGCCUUCCUGUCCGCUGUGGCCGGAGACGCCCUCACGCGCCACCUAGGGGUCAUCCUGCCGGCCCUUCUCUCCUCCCUCAAAGGAAAGCUGGGAACAGAAGACGAAGCACAGGAGUUGUGCAGCUGUCAGACGGUGAUCCUCUCGGUGGAAGACGAUGUGGGCCAGCGGAUCAUCAUAGACAACCUGCUGGAGAACACGCGCGGCGCCGACCCCGGCCUCAGACAGGCCGCCGUCACCAUGCUCAACGCCUACUUUGCCCGUACCCGCCUCGACUACAGUAGCCAUACUCGUAACCUGCUGUCAGGCCUCAUCCGCCUCCUCAAUGACUCCAACACAGACAUCCUGUCUCAGAGCUGGGACACCAUCAACUCCAUUACCAAGAAACUGGAUGCGAGCAGCCAGCUGGCCAUGAUUGAUGAUCUGCAUCGAGACAUUAGAUCAGCAGCUGCAGAAGUUAAGGGUCAGCACUUGCCUGGUUUCUGUCUGCCGAAGAAGGGCGUGACCUGCAUCCUGCCUGUCCUCAGAGAAGGUGUCCUCACCGGGAGCCCAGAGCAGAAAGAAGAGGCGGCGAAAGCGUUAGGAGCGGUCAUCAAACUGACCUCCCCUGAAGCACUGCGCCCCUCCGUCGUCAACAUCACUGGGCCGCUCAUUCGUAUCUUGGGAGACCGCUUUGCCUGGACAGUGAAGACCGCUCUGCUGGAGACCCUCACCCUGCUGUUGGCGAAGGUGGGCAUUGCCCUGAAGCCCUUCCUGCCUCAGCUGCAGACGACCUUCCUGAAGGCCCUGCAGGACUCGAGCCGCGGGGUGAGGCUGAAGGCUGCUGAGGCUCUGGGCCAACUGGUUUCCAUCCACACCAAGGUGGACCCACUCUUCACCGAGCAGCUCGCCGCCAUCCGCAACGCCGAGGACUCAGGAGUCAGGGAGACUAUGCUCCAAGCCUUGAGGUUUGUCAUCCAGGGCGCCGGGGCAAAGGUGGACCCAGCCAUCCGCAAGAACAUCACCACCACGUUACUUGGCAUGCUGGGACACGACGAGGAUGCGACGCGCUUGGCGUCGGCCGGCUGUGUCGGUGAGCUGUGUGCCUUCCUGUCAGAAGAGGAGCUGAGGAGUGUGUUACUUCAGCACGUCUUGGCGGAUGUGUCUGGUGUUGACUGGAUGGUGCGUCACGGUCGCAGCCUGGCCAUGGCCAUAGCUGUCAAGUGUGCUCCUGAGAAGCUGUGUGGGAAGGAAUACUGCGACACGGUGACGGAGACGGCUUUGAGCAACGCCACCGCUGACCGGAUUCCCAUUGCCACCAGUGGCAUCAGAGCAAUGGGAUUCCUGAUGAGGCAUCACCUCAGAACAGAGGGAGGCAGCAGUGUUUCCCAGCGCAUCAUCACACAGUUUGUCAAGUGUCUUCAGAAUCAGUCCAGUGACAUCCGACUGGUGUCGGAGCGGGUGCUGUGGUGGGUGUUCAAAGAACCGGCCACCCCCUCCAUGGAGGCCAAUCUCAUCAAGCCCCUGCUGAAGAGUCUGCUGGACAACACCAAGGACAAGAACACCAGCGUGAGGGCUCAGAGCGAACACACCAUCGCCAACCUGCUGCGACUCAGACAGGGAGAGGAGACCAUGCAGAGUGUUACUGCCAUUCUGGACUCUGCGAGUAACGACCUGCUGUCAGAAUGUCACCGUCGGUCCCUGAAGAAAAUCGCCAGCUCGCCAGACUCCAACGAAGAGAUAGACGACACCAUCCUAACGUGAUGGUGCAGGACGGACCUGUGAAAACAAUCUCUGCCCACUGUACAACCCCACACACUCUCACCACGCAUGCCCACGUUGCCUUUCACCCAACAAGGCUGAGAUGGGUGGUGUUUUCACAACCCCCCCCCCCCCCCCUCCUCCCCCCACCUCUUUCGUCAUUGUUUUAGCGGCCUUUACGCCCAACUUUUUAUUUUAUCUAACAACGUGCCGGUGUUUCACCCGUACUGAACUACAUUAGGAAGACAUGAUGCCAAUCCUCUUUUGAUUUUGUUUUCCUACUUAUUUUACCAAAAGGUUUCAGGCAUUUAAGAUGCUGCUGUGAUGAAACAACCCUCCCUGUCUUUAACUUUUAUUUGGACUUUGUGUGUGUGAGAGUUGUUUGGGGGGGAAGCAACCUCUUAUAAGAAUUUAAAAAAAGCAUUCUUAGAUCAGUGACAACGGUUGUAAAAAAAUAAAAAAGCAAUUCAAAAUAAAAACUUGAUUUCAUAAUGUAGUCUGUGAAAUAUUGGGAAACUGGUUAUCUUUAAGGUUGGGUCAGACGCCACAGAAUUCCAUCACGCCUUAAUCAUUUCACAUAUUUCUCUGCACCACCUAAUGUAAUGUAAGACAAUGCAGACAAACCACAUACAUAAAUAAAUAUGUAGUAAUUUCUAACCCUCCUGGAGCUCUGCUGUCUGAAGCACUCCAUUGUGUUUACAGCUCUAAAAGCCCAAUCAUCACCACGAAGAGACCCCAAUAACUUAAGCAAAAUGUUUAAAAUGUAUUAUAUGUUGCUUUCAACCAUCCACUCACCACAGUGAGGGGGACACACAUCUGA